AUGACUAAGCAGGACACUUUUGCCCGCGACUUUUGGACUUUGCGACAGGAAGAAGAAGAGGAAGAAGAAGAAGAACGAACAACGGCGGACGGACGAGACGAAGACAGCAAGAUGCCGGGCGAUAACGAGACCUUCUACCUGCGAUACUACUCGGGACACUCUGGGCGGUUCGGACAUGAGUUUUUAGAAUUCGACUUUAGAUCACUCGGGGACGGCCGCAGCGCGUCUGCCCGUUAUGCUAACAAUUCCAACUACCGCAAUGACUCCCUGAUCCGCAAAGAGAUGUGUGUCAGCUCGCUGCUGAUACAGGAAAUCAAACGCAUCAUCAAAGAGAGUGAAAUCAUCAAGGAAGACGACUCUAAAUGGCCACAGAAGAACAAGGACGGGAGACAGGAGCUGGAGAUACGGCUCGGAAACGAACACAUAUCCUUCGAGACAGCGAAGAUUGGCUCUCUCGUCGACGUCACGGAGUCUGCGGAUCCAGAAGGGCUGCGAGUCUUUUACUAUCUGGUGCAAGAUCUAAAGGCUCUCGUCUUUUCUCUAAUAUCCCUGCAUUUCAAGAUCAAACCCAUUUAA